GUGCUUGAGGAGGAGCAGAAGCAACUCACUUUGGCCAUGAAAGAGUCGAAGGAGGAUGUCAUUCACAAUAGACCGGAGUUUGCGGCUCUCUACGGAAUGGUCACGCCAGCUGAGCCAGUCCCUGGAGCAUCCUCUUCUUCGGCUUACGAAGAGAAGAGGGACAGCCGGGAGUUUCAGUAUCCGGAGAGUGUCUAUGCGGUGAUGUCAAUGGGCUUUCCGCUCGAAAAGUGUAUCCAGGCCUACCAUUUGGUGGGCGACAAUCCCGAAGGAAUUCUGCAGUUCUGCUGCCAGACACUGGGUCGAUGA